AAAGAACGAGUGUCGGGGCGCGGAGGCAGUCAAAGGGCUCGCGCUGCCCACUGGAGAGACGUCGGUCGCGCGGCGGUCGCUUCACCGGAGCUCUGAGGCUGCGACACGGAAUGAAGUUUUCCGUCUGCGGGCCCUGAGAGAAGGAGCGGCGCAACCCCACCAGUGGCCCGACGCGCUGCUUUGCUCCGGAGUCCCCGCGCGGGAUGGAGCCUGGCGAUGAUGCCGCGGACAGCGGCUGCUCGGCGGGGCGACAGGCGCCGGCGUCCGGCCAGCGGAGCGUGUGGCGGAACAUCCAGGAGAAGACGAAGCCCUUCCUGAGCCCCAGGCUGGGCUCCGAACGCGGCGCCGGGGACGGAAAGAAAGAGUCCGGAGGCAUCUGGAUGUUUCGGAGGAAGAAGAAGCAGGUGCUGGACCGCGUGUUCUCCUCGUCGCAGCCCAACCUGUGCUGCUCCGCGCCGCCGCCGCUGGACCCCCAGCACCAACAACAGCCGCAACAACCGCAACAGCCGCAACAGCAGCAGCAGCAGGAGCAGGAGCAGCGGCCCUCGCUCCACAGCGCAGCGGAGCCCCCUGACAGAGGCGUCCCGUCGGGGGAUGCGGACACCGCCGGCCCCCGUGCCUCCGACCCCCCGGCGGCGGAAUCGAGCAGCGCGCCGCUGUCCCACCAGAAGAGCUCGUCCCUGGGUUCGGCGUGUCUGGAGAGGCUGGCGGCGGAGAGCGAACACUCGGCGUCGGACAUCAACCCGGUGGCGCCAAGUGAUGCAGGUGCAGCUCCUCAAAAUCCAGGAAUGUACCAGCUGGACAUCUUACUGAAGAAAGGCCACAAUCUCGCCAUUCGGGACAGAGGAGGCUCAAGUGAUCCUUAUGUGAAGUUCAAAAUUGCGGGGAAAGAGGUUUUCCGCAGCAGGACCGUUCAUAAGAACCUGAACCCUGUGUGGGAGGAGAAGACGAGCCUUCUUCUGGACGGCCUUCGCGACGCCCUGUAUGUGAAGGUUUUUGACUAUGACUUUGGCCUUCAGGAUGACUUCAUGGGGUCAGCAUACCUGUACCUCGAGUCUUUGGAACACAACAGGACCCUGGAUGUGACACUGGACUUGAAGGACCCCCAUUACCCUGACCAUGACCUUGGAACAAUUGAGAUGUCUGUCACCUUGACGCCCAAAGAGAAGGACUUCAGGGAAACUAACAUGCUAUUGAGAAGGAGCUGGAAACGGUCCAGUAAGCAGCAGAGCCUGCGGCUGUCUGAGGUACACCAGAAGGCCCAACUGUGGAGGGGUAUUGUCAGUGUGAGCCUGAUAGAGGGGCGAGGCUUGAAGCCCAUGGAUGCCAAUGGCCUGAGCGACCCCUACGUCAAGUUCCGACUCGGGCAUCAGAAAUACAGGAGCAAGACGAUGUACAAAACCCUCAACCCACAGUGGAGAGAACAGUUUGACUUCCACCUCUAUGAAGACCAUGGUGGAUUUGUUGACAUCACUGUCUGGGACAAAGAUGCUGGGAAGAAAGAUGACUUCAUGGGCAGGUGCCAGGUGGACCUGUCCAUCUUGAGCAAGGAGCACACACACAAGUUGGAGCUCCCCCUGGAGGAGGGCGAGGGCAUGCUCAUGCUGCUCGUCACGCUGACUGCUUCCACGGCCGUGUCCAUUUCUGACCUGUCUGUCAACAUCCUGGACGACCCCCAUGAGCGACAACAGAUCUUCAAUAGAUAUAGCCUGCUGAAGUCUUUGCACAACCUGAAGGAUGUGGGCAUGGUCCAAGUGAAGGUGAUCCGUGCCGAAGGCCUGAUGGCAGCUGAUGUUACAGGAAAGAGUGACCCCUUCUGCGUGGUGGAGCUGAGCAACGACCGCCUGCAGACGCACACCGUCUACAAGAACCUCAACCCCGAGUGGAACAAGGUGUUCACCUUCAACGUGAAAGACAUCCAUUCGGUCCUGGAGGUGACGGUCUACGACGAGGACCGCGACAGGAGCGCCGAUUUCCUGGGCAAAGUGGUCAUCCCCUUGUUAAACAUUCAAAACGGUGAACGGAAAGCUUACGUCUUGAAAAGCAAGGAGCUGACAAGGCCAACAAAGGGGGUCAUCUUUCUCGAAAUGGACGUGAUUUUUAACGCUGCGAAAGCCGGUCUCAGAACUUUCGUACCAUCAGAGCAGAAGUACAUAGAGGAAGAGCCCCGUGUCUCCAAACAGAUGCUGCUGCAGAACUUCACACGGGUGAGGCGUUGCCUCGUGUUCCUCGUCAGCACCGGCUACUACAUUAACAGCUGCUUCGAGUGGGAGUCUCCGCAGAGGAGCACCUGCGCUUUCCUGCUCUUUGUUGUGGUGGUGUGGAACUUCGAGCUCUACAUGGUCCCACUGGCGCUGGUGCUGCUCCUAGUCUGGAACUAUGUUCUCAUUGCCUCGGGGAAGGACACCAGGCAGGGCGAUGUGCAAGCACUGGAGGACAUCCUGCAAGGCGAGGAUGAGGAGUGUGACAAAGAUGACAAGGUCCCAGGUUCUGUCCCUUCAGAUGACAGCCAUAUCCUUGAGGAUAUGUUGGCUUCCUGGCACUUUAAGUGGAUACACGUGAUGGUGGACCCCGAGAAGAAGAGCUUCAUGCACAAGCUGUACGCCAUCCAGGACGUGUGCACUAGCGUACAGAGCGCUCUGGACGACGUCGCCUCCUAUGCCGAGAGGAUCAAGAAUACUUUCAACUGGACCGUGCCUUUCCUGAGCUGGCUCGCCAUUGUGGCGCUGUGCGGCGCCACCCUGCUCGCCUACUUCGUCCCCCUCAGAUACAUAGUUCUGGCCUGGGGUGUGAAUAAAUUCACCAAGAAGCUGCGCGACCCCUACACAAUCGAUAACAACGAGCUGCUGGACUUCCUCUCCCGGGUUCCAUCCGACGUGCAAGUGGUGCAGUACCGAGAGCUGAAAGCGGAUCCCGGUCACAGCCCGAGUAAGAAAAAGAAAAACAAUCCGGGGUAGCCCACUUCCUGCGCGGAGCGCUAGCGACGGGGCCUGGCCGGACUCCACACGCUCCCUCUCCUCUUCUGCCUUCCAUGACCUUCUCCGUUUUCCUUUUUUAAACUGUGUCCCGAUUCCGAAAAUGCAAUUAUCGCUGUAUAAAACAGUUUCGAGUGUUAGCAUUUUUGUGUUUACCGUUGUUUACUUCUGCCGAGUGGGAGAACGGUGCUGGUACUUGACCCCUUUCAGAAGCAAAAGAACAAUUUGAAACUUCUCGCCUAAUCGUCCGGAUGGCUUCAAAAUCACAGUGCCCGCUUGAAAGGUUACUCUGAGGAGUUGGAAUUACGUGCUAAAACACGUUGGUGUGACUAACCACCCAUACAAAUGUUUCGCCGUCUUCCGCAGCGUGCGCUUGCUAGCGGAAUGACAUUUCCUCGAGUCGCGCUAGAAAAGGUCUAGAUCGUAUGAAUCACCGUGGGUGUGCUUUCAGAGCCGAAAGAGCUCUCACUAUGGAUUUUAACCAUGCUCUUUAAGAGCGCUCCACCAACACACCGUUGACAGAAUAAGGUUGUUGCCGUUCGCUGUGUGCCACUAAUUGGCAGAUAUCAGAAGUGAAACGAAAAAAUACACAAAACACAAAGCUAGUUAUUUAAGCGGUUUGGACUUUUGGCGCGUAUACACUGGAGCACGCAAUGUGGUAACACCUCCAAGCGCAUCCGAAUAAAAGGAAAGGAAACCAAGUGCAAUUGUGGAGAAAAAAAAAAUUAAAGGGGUAGCUGUAAUUCUGAAACAACUGAGGUGUCCUGUGAACGUACAAAGAGCGGUUAAGUUCGCGCUUGUUUCGCUGCGGGAGUGCGGUUGCGACAAGUUCGGUAUAUUUCCGUUUAUUGCGCGUCCACCAGCUUCUCUUGGCCUUCCCCGUCCGACCUGGGCAGAGGAGAGUAGCGCCUCACGUGUUUCAACUCGCCACUUUGUGAUUUUGAGCUCGGCCUUUCGCUUACUUACGUUAACCGCUCGUCCCUGUCGGGGUUGCGGCGGUGGAGAGCCUGUCCUGGAAUCACCGGGCACUAGGUUUGGAGGUGUACACCCUGGGCGGGACGCCAGUCCAUCACAGGGUAGCCAGGCACUCAUGCACACACUGUGGG